UGGGGUAAGAGCAACAUAAGGAGGUUUGUAAAUUAGAUAUCAUCCUGCGGCUGUCUUGUCGGUUUUUGUUUUUGUUUUUUUUUAUUCUUCUAUCUCUAUUUCGUCCUUCGUUCGGCUUUCGGCUUUCGUCUCUUGCUAGUAUUAACUUACUAGUUAUCCCCUACCGCUACUCCACGAUAGACGAGACCGUAUUGUACCUAACCGUAGACGCCAUGGCCAAGCACGACUAUCCGUACAAGAAGAGUAUCAACGUCACCGCUUGGAUCUUGCAGAUAUUGGUGUGCUUAGUGCUUAUAUCUGCGUCGGCGUGGUUGUUAUGGAUUUCAGAGAACAGAAACCUCGACGAUAUCUUGGGUGAUUAUCAAGGACUUUUCACUGCCUCCGCUGGCGUUCAGAUCGCCAUUGCCGGUCUUACUAUCGUCAUGAACAUAGUCGAGAUCAUCCUAAUCUCCAAGAAGCGAAUGCCGCCGGCGUUGUUCCUCACGAGCGCUUGCAUCAAGACCACAAUCUGGGGUAUCGUAUUCAUACUGAAGGUGAUCGCGCUCUCGGUUCUCUCCAUCAUCCUGGUUAUAAUCCUACUUGCGACGUCCUUGACGCAGCUUAUCCAUGCGGCGAUCAUUGUCCACCGCAAGCGACGCGGCACCCUAAGGGGCGGCAAAUACGCACCCGCGAUCAACCCGCAGGGCUUCGAGGAGGGAGUAUACGCCCAGCCGGCGCCGGGGUAUUACUACCCGCCCCCCACCAACACCGAGUACAAAUCGCCCGCUGCAUCGCCGCCGCCGCCAUCUCAGCAUGGAUACGCGGCAGUGGAUGCCUACCCGCCGCAAAUGCCCACGGGCACCUAUGAGCUCGACAGCCGAGGCCGGGAUUUGUAGGGAAAAGUACUGGGCAUAAAAAGGCUUGUUUAUAUUCUCUGAUAUAUUGCAUAUUAAGGAUGCAUUGUUUGUUGUCUGCUUCGUGUGUGUUUGGUUGGUUGGCUGGGCUCGGUUAAGCUCAGCCUAUUUGGCCGUUAAAAGGCACCUAAUGAUACCUGUGCUGCAUUUAGAAGUCUCGCAUUGGACAUGGUAGCGGUUAUGAUUAUCCAUAUAAAUAAAUUCAUUAGAACGGGGUGCUCACAUAAGCCCUUACAUCAAAGCUUCGACGUACGUAUAAUGAUUGCACUGAUUGUGAAGGAGAUGGGCGUUUAGCACGAGGUUCAUGCACGUGGGGGCCAUACCAUAUAUAUUUAUAUGUCGGUACCUGUAUCGAAGUCCCUAACUUCAGAGGUGUGUAGUGUAAUGUCGUAUCGUGGAUAGCAACCCCGUAGGCUUGAGUGAUAUGAUAUGGAGGUUGGGGAAUAGGAAAUGUUACCAAUCUGAGACAUUCG